AUGGCCUUCAUCGCUCCCCUUCUGCUGGCCACGAUGGCACUCGCCCACGGCGGCCACGGCCACGACGGCAACGACCCGCACGCCGCCGCCGCCAACGACGAUUCGCUCGGAUACGCUCAGCGGCACUUUGACCUCCCCGCCUUCUUCAAGCUGCACGACCUUGACUCGGACGGCUUCUGGACGACCGAGGAGAUCGCUGCGCUCUAUGGUCUCCGACACCACUCCGUUACUGGCGAGGAGAAGAAGAUCCCCGAGGGGCUUGAGGAGCAGAUCGUUUCCGCUGUCCUCGCCAAGCUGGACAAGAACGGCGACUCCAAGAUCUCACUCAAGGAGUACGUCGCCGGCGGUGUCGACGGUCUCCCGACGAUUGGCGAUUUCAAGCACCUCGGCCACCACUACGACGAGGAGUCGGAGUACUUCCUUCACCACGAGGAGCUCUACCACAACACCCCCGAGACUCAGACCGACGAGUCGUACACCCACCCGGAGGACAUUGAGCACUUCAAGUACCAUGAGAAGAUUGAAGCCGAGGAGGACGCGCGCGAGCGUCUCUUCGAGGGUCUCGCCCCGGACGCGGACCUGGACCAGGACCACGCGGCGCAGGACCCGCUUGACGCGCACGCCCACGCGGCCGGCGACGGCCCGAAACCCGACUCGGACGAGCAGAAGGCGCACCGGCUGGUCAAGGGCAAGCUCGGCGCUGGAUCGCCUAACCGACUCAUCGCUGAGGCUGCUGGCGGACGGCCGAAGCACAGGCACUCGGACGCUGAGCGGGCCCGGAAGGAUGCGCCGUGGAAGUACAGGAUGAGGGCGGGGCUGAGGAGCGAUGAGUUCUAA